UUAAAAAGUGGAAAAGAAAAAUACCAGUUUUUGCUUGAACUCGGAGGAGAGGCCUUGGGCAGAAUCUUUCAGGCUGACUUGGGCUUUGGCCUCCUGGGUGAAUUCCUUACGGUGCUGGCAGAGAACGUCUGUCAUGAGGACAGAGACGCCAUCCUUCAGAUCUUACAGAGCCUUUCAGGCACCAAGCGCUUCGGGUUAAACGUGGAUCUUCUGAGCGAGUCGGAGAAGGAGAGCAGCAGGGGUUUGUUUAGGAAGCUGCGG